AUGGCAUCUCCUUCCAGUAUUCCACCCACAAAGAAGCAACGCGGUGGUUCCACUCCCGUCAGUCGUAAUCUUCCCAGAGGAGGACGAAAGACAGAUGUGGGCAUUGAAGCCGAUGAUGCCAUUGCUCGUCGUCGUGCCGAAUUGAGGCGAUUGGCCGAGCAGCGAAACAAAAAGGCUGCAUCAUCUUCCACAGCCAGAGGAAGACCUGCAGCUAGUGCCAGUAGUAAUUCACGUCCUCCUAUCACGUCUGCCGCAGAUCUGAUGAAACCAUCGGCCAAUCUUACAAAGACCACACGAUCUCGAAGUGCAGGACGAGCUCCACCUCCUCCACCAGUGGCUCGUAAAUUGGAGUUCAAUAAUAGUAGUGGAAAAGCCGUCGCUGUGGCUCCUACUAUGCCAGCUCCUGGCAAUAUUAGCCGCGCCAAGAGUGUUCCUCCCCGUCGACCUGCUGCUCCACCCGCACGAGCUGGAUCCACCAAACGUGGUGGUGGUGGUGCUGCUGCUGCUGCCGACAACAGGUCCCAACAACUUCCUCCUCGUCGACCAGCUCCCGUGGAUCCAACCACAUUACUGGCCAAGAAUACUACUACUGCUACUACUACUACUGCUGCUGUUACUGAAUCAUCCUUGUCCUCCAAACCAACACAACAAUCCUUGCCACCAACUACUACAACAGACUCGGAACCACCACUAAUGGUGGAAGAGGAGGAAAUAACCAGCAGCAGCAGCAAACCAUUUGCUGCCAAGACACCUGCCACUUCGGCCAAAAUGAUGCCAAUGGAAGCGACUCCUUCCAUGCCAACCACAACCACGACUACGGAACCAUCCAGUACCACUUCCCGACGGGAUCGCAUGAAGCAAUUGCGGGAUGGAUUGGAGAGUCCCAAGACUACUGCUAGUAACAAACCCACCGCAACCACUGUGGAACCUUCUACUACUACUACUGCUGCUACUGUCAACCCACUUGGAUCGGCUUCCAAUGACCGGUUGGAGGAAGAACUCAAGAAAACCGAAGUCGAACGAAACGAAGCCUUUCAAAAGAUUAAGGAACUCGAAGACAAACUUACAGACAUUUCCAAGAGUACCAUCCUUCAACAAAAGCAGCAGAAGCAACAGACUCCGGUCCAGGACAUGGCAUCGCUUCAAGAAAUUAUGGAACUCUACAAAAAGGAAGGCGAAGAGGCCGCCAUGCAAUAUGCCCAAUCCAAACUUGCCAGCACAAAACAACAGGCAGGAUUUUUGACUCCCAUGCCCAGCACUCCCUUGUCCAAAUCGUUGUCGACCGUGUCCCAACGGGUCGCGACUCCUUAUCCCAAUCGAGGGAUCGCCGCAAAAGGCAAGGCCCAACCGACCGACGAAGAUUUGGAACGCCGGUUCAUCCAUUCCUUUCGGGAAGCCGUCAACUUUGUGCCCCAUGAAUUUUAUGGAAAGGUUGCCAUCCAAGGCCAAUCCUGUGUCUUUUUUGUUCGACGUCCGUAUGGACUCCGGGAACAAAACGGGAUUUUUGAAUUGGUGUCACCCACCGUGUUGGAUGCCUAUGCCAAACGGGCUCAUGUGGGGGAUCCUACCACCAUUGAAGUGGCUGUCGGUAUUCCUUUUGAUGAUUCCGUAUUGUGCUUGUCGGGAAGUAUGGGAGUGAGAUAUCGAAUCACUCCCACGGGAGCCUUUGAAAGCAAACCGUUUGUCAAAGAACCUUUGGGAUCCAUUAGUUUCAUUGACGAGUCGGCCAAUGAACAAGAAUAUUCCUUGGAUCAAAUCUUGCAAGAAGCACUAUCGGUCCGGGAACAAUACUGCGCUAGUAUGAUGACAACCGCACUUGGAUUUGAACGACGCAAACCCCUUCCAGCAGCAGCAACAGAGGACGGAGCCUCGGUGGCAGCAUCAGCAGCACCCAAGCCAGAAGUGGCCGAUGUGGCAGUCGAUACUUCCGAUAUGCCCAUUCCCAAGGAGAUUGCUUUGGACAAGACGAAUAAAAAGGAAGAAAAGAAACCCAAAGAGUCCAAGCCAAAGCCAUCCGAUCCAGAGGAACUACCCGGGGCCGGCGACGUCUUGAUUUCCUUUAUGGGCAUUGUCAUCAAGAAUAUAUUUGGAUUUAUUUGGUGGAUUUUCAUUGGUUUGCCAAUUACCACGAUCCGAGCUUCCAUUGCCAUUACGUUUGCCGGGGUGAUUGUGGGAAUGUUGUACCUGUAUGCCUUGCAAUAUCAUCACGAGGCCUUGUUGGGAGGAGGCAACUCGUUUUACUACUCGUCGUCGGCUUCGUAUCAUACCAAUAUUGCUCCAGGAAUUCUAUAA